AUGGCGCAUAGACUUGCUUUCCUCCUGGUUGUUUCUGUUGGUGCUGAGGUGCUUGAGAUCAACUCGUGGACACCUGAUGCAGCCAUCCUGCCAGCCUCAAGGCACACGGCCACGUUGAACAGCCUUCUCUUUAGUGGCAAUGCUCGAACAACCCUGGGAGGGGGCGCGGAGCAGUGGAUGGUGGCGUUCUGUGCCUCUUGGUGGGAGCCUUGCGAAGAACUUCACGUGAUUUUUGAACAGCUGGCAGCAAAGUGGCAGGGCAAGUUGAACACUCAGGACUUUAUUGCGAAGGUGCGCUUUGCAACUGUGGAUUGUGCCACUGACAAGGUCCUUUGCAACGAGGAGCACGUCACUGUGUAUCCCACAAUCAGCUACUACAAGGACGGACAGCAGAUUCGCCAACUUCAGCUUCAUCCGAAACGAAUGAAGGAUCGGCUCAAGACUUGGUCAGAGGAGAUUCUGGGAGAGUCCAAGUCUGGGCCGGUGAGAUCAGACGCUGAUUGCACAGUGGACAUGGUCUUGCUAGCGCUUGCGCUUUGCAUUGUACUACGCCUUCUUGUGGCAGGCAGCCAGAAAGCCUAG